AUGAGACAUAUUGAAUGUUGGCAUUUCACGAAUUCCUUCACAUAUUCAGUCUACCCUUUUCGGCGGCGGGCCUCUGGAAUAUCCGCGCUUUGUGAGGCCCUCGAUUUCACCUUGCGUAAUCUGGCCCAGAGAGCAACGAGUGACUUUGAUAGGGCUGUCAACGACGCACUUCCAGAUUGGGAAUAUAGUGGUAGGGAUCGGCUGUUGAACUUCCUCAACCAGUGCUUCAAGCCUUGGGACGUACCCCACGCCGAUGCCCUCGCAGAAAUGGGGCGUAAGUUUAAAGAUGAUCGCCUCUGGUCUACUCUCGAAUCCUGGGCGCCCAACCAACGCCAGACACAAGAAUAUCGUGCCAAAUUUCGCAUCUCCGCAGCUUCCGCAGCCAUUGGUUGGCUCAACCAGCUUCCCGGCAAUAAACGAAUGUCGUCAAGAAUGCCACGCUGCAGGCCUUGUCCCUUUCUGCAAAGAGAAUCCACAAUUGCGGAUACGUCACCAGUGGAAUGGUUAGCAGAGAUUAUUUCUCUACCCAAGGCCGGAAUGCCUGAUGGCUCCUACACGUUUACUCUAGAUGGUGAACCUAUUGUCGCACUCUGCUCGGAGAUCUUCCAAGAGGUCGUGCUUCGCAAAGAAGCCAUGCGAAUGACUAUAGAACAUUCGCUCCCAUCAUUAGCUCAAGAUGAUCGGCUGUAUAUUGGACUCCAGUUGCACCGAGGGCAUGGCAAUGCAUUUGCUCAACUCAUUGAUAACAGCUCCUUCAUCAAAACCAACUUCAACCCUGGCCAGCUUUGGAACGCAGAGAAGAUGCUAGCUGAGUUUCGACAGACUGGAGUGUGGAACUUCUAUGGAAAGUAUAAAUCUGUUCGAAUGCUGUUCAAAUUUCCUCGACCACCAUCGACCAAUAUUGUACCGAGGCUGGGCGCACUGGUAAUGGAAAAUCACGAAAGCAGGCCUUGCCCUCGGCGUCAAAACACUCAGAAACGCACUCAGCGCCACUGGCGCGGCAGGAGACAACAUUGA